AUCAAAGCCCGAGGGCGCCCUGACUGUUAACGCGCGACAGACACAUCAAUCGGGUCUUGGCUUGUGGUUUGAGAUUGUUUACAUCCGAUCAGAACAAGUAAGAAAGAAAGUCGCCCUCUGCUGAGAUGGACACCGCCAAUCAGCUUGCAUCUACGGGGACAUUUCAAGUGCUAAAAUUACCUCUGGGAUUUAUCCGUGUUUUGGAAUGGCUUUUUGCCAUUUUUGCCUUCGCGACAUGUGGGGGCUAUUCUGGGCAGCUGCGGGUUAGCGUGGACUGCAUGGAGAAGGCCAGUCAGAACCUUAGCAUUGGCAUUGACUUCGCUUAUCCUUUCAGGUUGUAUCAGGUGUCCUUUGAAGCGCCCGUGUGUGAGGGCAUGAGGAGGGAGCGUGUGUUCCUCAUUGGAGACUAUUCAUCCUCUGCAGAGUUCUUCGUCACCAUUGCGGUGUUUGCCUUCCUGUAUUCCCUGAUGGCCACUGUCGUCUAUAUCUUCUUCCAGAACAAGUAUCGUGACAACAAUCGAGGACCACUCAUUGACUUUAUAGUGACCGUGGUCUUCUCCUUCAUGUGGCUGGUCAGUUCUUCUGCCUGGGCGAAGGCUCUGUCUGAUGUCAAAGUGGCCACUGAUCCAGAUGAGGUGCAGCUCCUCAUCUCUGCCUGCAAAAUCCAGACCAACAAGUGUGGCUCUGUGCACGGAUCGCGCUGGUCCGGACUCAACACCUCAGUGGUUUUUGGGUUCCUCAACUUUGUUCUAUGGGCUGGAAACAUCUGGUUUGUCUUUAAGGAGACAGGUUGGCACAAGGGUUCUUCAAGGUUGGCGGCCGGGGCGUCUGAGAAACAGGCCGGCACCUUUAACCAGCAGCCCUACAACCAGGGAAGCUUUGACCAGUCAGGGAGCUACAACACCCAGGGAAACUUCGGCCAGCCGUCUGAGUACAGCCAGGUGGGGGGGCCCACUUCAUACUCCAAUCAAAUGUAGCCGUGCCUUUUUGUUUCCUGAGUGGCACUAUUGCAUUUCUUACCAGGGCAAUCAGGGGGGUGUUAGGAGAGGAGGAAAGAGGAGUUCACUUUCAUUCUCUGCUUAGUUUGUCAUCAAUCUGUCUGUGCAAAAAAAACUAACAAAAAAGAUGGUCAUAAAAAGGUGUCAAAGGUGUCCGAGUACACCCAUUGUACAUACAAGUAUUGUUGGGUAUUGUACAAAAUUAUUAGAUAUAGUCUUUUACUCCUUUUCUCUCUGAGGUGUUGUUUGCUGAAUGUUGUAUUUCUUGUAGUUUGAAACGCAUUAGUGACAGUUUCUCUCUCUGUGCUUAGUCAUUGACAUUCACUGUUUAGACUGAUGUCUUUUUUCAAACUGGUUUGCACUCUGUGGUGGAAGGAAAAAGUACUCUAUGUUGGUAUAAUUCUUCACGUUUUCAAGUGCAUGAUGUUGUAUGUGUGUUAAUAUGCUCUCUGUGACCCUGAGGGGAAAAAAAACAUGCAAUUUAUCUCUGAAAGUUUACAGAUUCACACUGCCCCGGCUCAUUACUUAAAGUUUAUUUUGAUCAGUAUUGUUACUUUUUUAAAAGAUCUAUCAGGAACUAUAUUUUGAUAAUGGGUAUUUCUAAUUCAGAUUUCGAUUCAGAACAUAAUUUAGGGAGAGUUCUCUGUUACAUGUGUUAUAAGUGCAUUCCAACAAAAGUUUGACUUUGGUUUUGUCAGAAAGACAAAAAAAUUCAAAAGCAAUAACUGCAUACUGAACAAUUCACUAUACAGGGUUUGUGCAAAAAAAAAAAAAAAAUACAGUAUAACAUGCAGCUGUUGUUUCUGUUUCCAUGGUUUCGUUUUUUUUAGCUGCAUCUGCUAUCACGUUGUCAUUUUAUUUAAAUAAUGUGAAGAGGGUGAUUGUCUCACACGCUGUUUACAAGUGGCCACUCUUGCUACAAAUUACUGUGACUGUUUUCUAUGCUACAUCCUCAGACUACUGGAAAAUGAUAAACAGAAAUUAUACCUCUGAAGCAUGUCCAGAGUAUCCAUUUACACUUUUAAAGCCCAGCAAAAAAGCACAUCAGUACCACAGCGAUAACAGAAGAAUAGUGAAUAGUGGGCUCAUCUGUACAUAGCUGUUACUGAGCAUUUGUUUACUUCAAAAUCACAAUUCAGGUUUGUACAACUUUAAAAAAAAAUAUGUGCAAUUAAUGUAAAGUGAUAAUCAAAGGAUGAUGCUUGGUUGCUGUUUGUUUACAUUAAUAUGACUUGUGCAACCCUGUUUUUUGACUCCCCUAAGCAUGUGGCUUGCAUCAGUGUAAUAAAGCAGAUUGAACAUUCAUGUAUGUAUAAUAGUCUGAUGUCAAUGAUAAAUGUGUACGGAUCUAUAUACUGAGUGUGGAUCGUAUUUUACAGGAAUUCAAGCUAAUAAAGAUGCACAUAUUUGUCCAUAAGUGACGCAA